CUGUGUAAGUGCCAACCGUGUUGGAGCGCGCUUAAAUUGACCAAUUGCAUGCUUAGGCACAUAUCAACCACACAAGUUCACAACCAACAUCUCAUCUCAAACUGCGCCUCCCAUACAUACGGUACCUCACCUACCAACCUUGCCUACCUUGGUAGGCAUCGAGGACUGCAGACUUCAGCCCGUGUUCCCAUCUCCUCAACUUCCCAUCAAACCCUGUGGCCUGUAUUCUAACGUGCCCUCACAUUUCUCUUUCCUUGAGCUCGACCCAUUCUGGAGGAAACAUUCAAUAACAUUCAGACCACUCACUACUCGGUGGAGAUGGCCACAGAGACCCAGUGUGAGAGUGACGGAGCCGGCUCUUUGCAAAAGCCAGAAUGGCUGCGAUAUCUCGAAGACUAUCUAGGUAUUGAUCCAGGCUCGGUGCCAGACCUGGAGCCGGAGGUCGAGGACGCAGAACCCGAGGAUAUCGCGUCUGUCCUGGCAUCCAAGAUCAGAGAGUAUCUCCUUUGCCGGGACGACGAUGCCGCGGCGCGGUUCGCACGUCAGCUCGAUGAUCUUUAUGCCUCGGUCUACGAGCCCAAAUUUGGCGAAUUCCGCGGGAGACAAGGCUGGACCGGCUAUCUCAAUGCGUUCUACGAGGUUCUGUUCGGGGCUGCCGUUGAAAUGCCAUAUCACGAUCCCCUCCAGGACAAGGUGAUCCAUCUGCUACUGGAGCUCAGAAAGCUGCCUCCACACUCUGUCAAGGUCUUCGUGCAACCUGAGUUCGGAUGGGUUGACUCUGAAAUCUGGACCCGCGAUCCUCUUCUGCCCUGGGAGCUUGUUAGGCACGAGCCACAGGGAUAUCUUAGUCUCGAUAUGUACAGCAAGUGGGACGACCAGGAAGACGCUGCAAAACAGUUCCACGAGACUGCCGCCUACCACGUGAACUUUUCGGCCUUCCGGGCUCGCUGUACGGGUGCGGGCUUGGACGAGGGAUUCACGUUCCGCUUUACCACGGCGGGGGCGACCAUUGAACGUGGCUUGCAGUCCGUAGCCGACCAUCCCUCCAAGCUCAACCCCAACGUGGACUACCACAUCAUCGCCGCCGCGCAGUACAUCCUGCUCGCCGGGGACGUCAUAGACGCUGAGUGCGUCAAGAAGCAGCUGCCGCCGCAUCGCCAUCACGACUGGAAGGGUUGGGCCAACGGUAACGGUCCCGUUCUUUGGAGGCAGUGGGGCGACAGAUUGAAACAGAUCGCAGACGCCCUGGAGUCCGGUGGCGAGUUGGACUUCAAGCUGUCCGAGAAGAACGGGGCGGCCUUGAAGGACAUAGUGACCAAGGCAAGGGACAAGAUGGUGGCUUUGGAACCGGAGCUGUUCGCUCAAGAAAACUAGGCGCCUCCCGCCGGGCACUGAGACCGCGGUGGGGGCAGGAAUCUAGGACGGAAAAGGCCUUGUACUUUAACGCAGACACCAACAUGCGCUGCUCUAUGCUUAUCGUUGGUUGUGCUUCUCGGCCUCCUCUCCACCAAAGGUCCAGGGGGUGACAACCUCCAUCUUCUGCCCUACCUGGAACCCUGUACUUAUUUACUACGAUCAAAGCCCGUCUUCG